AUGUCGGUCAUAGUGAACCGAAACAUCGCGGCGGAAGCGUAUCGGGCUGCCAUCGAACACCUCAAGAAUGAGCUGGACAUUUCUCUUGACGAUUCAGUCCCUCACAAGUUCCAAGCGUCCAUAAAGGAUGUCUUCAGCGUGGUGGAGAAUGCCAAGAAGGAUUACGAAGACAAGAGCAAGCAGGACAAGCAUGCAGAAAUGAGGCAGUCGCUCGAGAAGCUGUCUGCGCGCAUCAUGUACUAUGGCAAAGUCAUGGAUACCCUGGCGCAGCAUCAUCCCGAGUACGUGGCUCUGGUCUGGGGUGCCAUGAAGUUCGUUCUGACCGGGGUGAUCAAUCGAGCCACCCUCUUCGAAAAGCUAUCGCAGGCUCUCAUCGCUAUUGGUGACGUGCUGCCACGCAUGGAUUUGAGUGCAGAGCUGUACCAGACUCAGUACAUGGAAGCUGCACUUUCACGGCUGUUCACAUACAUCAUUCUCUUCCUCCGCCUUUGCGUUCGUUGGUACAAGAAGAGUCCUCUGGGUCGAAUAUGUUCUGCCAUCAAGACGCCUUUCGAGCUUGGCUACCAAGAGCUGGUGAACCACAUCCAAGAGUGUUCGAAAGCAGUGGACGACCUUGCCAGCGCUGGCGCUCGAGCCGAGAUCCGCGACGUCCAUACCCUAGCAAUGCUGCAACAUGCGCAGAUUCGAGAGCUUGAUGCGAAGCUGGCGGGCGUGAUGGAAGGACAGAAGAAGUUUGCAGCCCAUAUCACCCAACUGCUACAGGUCGCAUCUUCGCACAAAAGUAUUACGGAGCGGAUAGGCAACGACGUCUGCAGCAUGAGCAAGACAGUAUAUCGUAUCGAGUUCAACGGAGUGAUGCAAUUCUUCGAACCGAAGGUAUUGCCCGAGACAGCCCUGCUCAAAGUGCGAUCGCUCGUGCGCCGGGACACGACACCAAGCUUGCCUAGCCCUAAUGAACAGAGAGUGCGCAAGGCUGUCUUGGAAUGGGCUUUCGGGAAGGGGUCGUCGCUUCUCGUCGUUCAAGUCGGCAUUCGUGCACAAAAGCAAGCGAAAGAACUGGCAACAAAUGUGAUCCAGGAAAUGAGGUCCGGAAGUCAGCGCGUUUUCUGGAACUUACCUUCGGGCCGCACAUUUUCAGAGGCGCAGACCAUCGAGGAGCUGUUCAGAGGCAUCAUCUUUCAGGUACUCCAACACUCGGGUGAUCUGUUCAGUAGCUGUGCCGAGCGGUUGAACCUCUCAAAGAUUCAUGCUACUCAUACGGAGCGCGAGUGGGUCGAUCUUGUUUGCCUCCUCUUUUCCAAGUUGUCGACAGCCUUCGUAAUAAUCGAGACCGAAGCGCUUCAGAAGGCCUACCGACACGAUCCUGAUUGGAGCAAACGACUAUGCGAGUAUCUUCAGCUCAUCGCUGACCGAAGCUCGGAAGCAGGCCGCCAAAUCCAGUACCUCCGCAUCUGCGGCAUGUCGCGCGUCGAUCUGGUUUAG